AUGGCGUUCGGUGUGACCUCACAAUGCCCGCCGCACCUGACUGGCCCCGGGUAUGGAGGCGGGCGGGGCUUCGGGGGCGUUCUCGCUGGUCAUUGGACCGGCCGCGUUGCCCGACCAAGGAGAGGCACUCCGUGUGUGCUGGUGGCAGAACAAUUGACGCCCCGCGUCAGCCCCAUCCAGCGCCCCGCGAGCCCCAGUGCCGCGUGUCGGAUGGCAUCUAACUACAGAAAAGCUGGCUUGGGUGCUGCCCAGCGGAAGAAAAGUGGAUCAAAACCAGAACUAACUGAAGAACAAAAGCAGGAGAUCAGAGAAGCUUUUGAUUUGUUUGAUACUGAUGGAUCUGGAAGCAUUGAUGUAAAAGAACUGAAGGUAGCAAUGCGUGCUCUAGGCUUUGAGCCAAAGAAAGAAGAAGUUAAAAAAAUGAUAGCAGAUAUCGACAAAGAAGGAAGUGGCACCAUUGAUUUUGAAGACUUUUUGGCCAUGAUGACCCAAAAAAUGAAUGAGAAAGAUUCAAAAGAAGAAAUCUUGAAAGCCUUCAGAUUAUUUGAUGAUGAUGGGACAGGAAAGAUUUCUUUCAAAAAUUUAAAGAGAGUUGCCAAGGAGCUAGGAGAGAAUUUAACAGAUGAAGAAUUGCAGGAAAUGAUUGAUGAAGCUGAUCGAGAUGGAGAUGGAGAAGUAAAUGAGCAAGAAUUUUUGAGAAUCAUGAAGAAGACAAGCCUAUAUUAAUGUUUGCUAUUGCCUUUUCUUAGGGUUGUUUUAAAAGGUGACCUGGAAAAGACUUUAAAAAAUAUUAGCUUGCACCCUUUUUUUGAUGCUUCAUAAUAUAUAAAGAAGGCCUAUAAGGGGAUGUAUUUUUCUUCCGUUUCUUUUUUGGAUAGCGUUUAUUUUAUUUUUUAUGAUAAAAAUGCAAGGCCUAUAUAGCUUGGAAGACUGUGGGUGACAGAAGAACUAGUGAAAUGAGACAUCCCAGGAGUGAAAGCUGAGAAGGAGAGUUAGUCAAACUAAUACUCAGUUUUUUGUUUUUGUUUUUAAAUGUAAGUAAGUUCAGUGACUAACACUUUAGAGAAAGGACAUUGUUGGAAACAAAACCCAUUCCCCUUCAUUUAAGAUGUGAGAGCCCAUAAUACACAUUUUCUCCAGCAAACCUAGGGAUGAGCAGAGUUGACUUUCUUGAUAUUUCUAAUGCAUUAAAAAUUAAAUUAAAUUACAGGCUGAGUUUAUACUUCCGAAAGAAACAAAGGCACAAGACCAAUAUUUUUGUUCUUGUAAGCCUUUCAGGUUUGGUGGCUACCAUGUUUAUUUCUAUUAAGGAAUCUAAAAUCUGUUGCAUAUCCAUCUUUGUUUCUUUACGAAACACCGUUCCUGUGGCCAGUUGCGUUGGGACCCUGUGGCAGGUAUGUGAGUAGCAGAUAGCAAGGCAUUUGGGAUAACAGAAGUUGUACUGUACAUGGCUCUCUCUAGAUGUUGUUUCAUUUCACAAUCGAAUGAUUGUCUGAAAUCUGGCUUAUCUGAACUUGAUUUUUCUCAUUUUGUUUAGAUUAUCAAAGUUGUACU